AUGAAAAAAAACUGGAUAACUAUUUACGAUAACACACCAGAAGCAAGAGUUGUCUACGUAUCAGAAAGCAUAACAGAUCACACAGGUUGGGAGCCAGAGGAGAUCAUAGGCCGAGAAGCCUACGAUUUGUUUCACCCAGAUGAUCAUAGUAACAUCCGAAAGCUACAUUUAGUCAAUGUGUACAAAGAGAAGUUGUCUACAUUGGUGUCUUAUCGCUUGUUAUGUAAAGACGGCUCAGCUCUUCCCAUUGAAACGGUGCUCCAUUACUGCCAUAAUGUGAUAGUAACAGCCAAUUACGAAUACAACGAAGACUCGUUGGAUCACAAAAUACGAGUCAAUUCAGUUAAUGAAAUGUGUGCCUGUCUUCCAGAUGGUUCACUUCAAUUAUCAGGCGCAUGGAUCGAACAUGAAGAGAAAUUGAAAAACCCCUUGGAUUCAAAUAUAAUUUGGAAAGAUCACCAAAUCAUUUUGAAGCAAGAGCGCCGGUUCUGUUUGAUAUUAAACAGAUUUACUGAAGAUUUAAACAUUGUAUUUGUUUCCGCUUUGGCGUGGGACUUGGUUUCGCUUGAUACUCAACAGGCAAUCGGUACAUCUUUUUUCGAUUAUGUUCAAGAUAAAGACUUAGCUAUACUUCAAGCACAACUUGAUUUAGCCAGGGAACACGAUAUGGUCGUACGCUUAAGGUUUGACUGGAUCAUUGAUAAGCAAAAGGGUUAUCUAGAGCCUGUGGAAAGUGUUACAAAAAAAGCCAAUUUCGAAAGUGGCAAUUCAGCAAUUGACACCUGA